AUGCUCGCGGCGCUCGCGAAGAAGCAGGCCGACGGCGGCGACGCCGGCGGCGUCGCCGGCGCCCUCGUCGACAAGCUCACGUCCAAGGAGACGACGGUGCGCGACUACGACCUCGACAUGGUCAAGAAGGGCCGCAACUCGCAGCUCGGGUCGCUCGCGCUCAUGUGCUUCCUCCACAUCAAGAAGGGCAUGGUCCAGCCCCUCGUCGCCCAGGCCGUCAUGGGCGUCGCGGCCCUCGUCAAGGAGCCCCUCGUCCAGGCCCACCUCCUGGGCCGCGACCUCGAGCGGCCCUUCGUCGCGCCGCAGCCCGCGUGGCUCAAGGCCAUGCAGGCGCAGCACGAGGAGGCCCAGGCCGCGGCGGCGGCCGCCGAGGGCGACGCAGCGGCGGCGGAGGAGGACGAGGACGACGUCGAGGGCGGCGCGGCCGAGGACGAGGACGAGGACGACCUCGAGGACGAGGAGGAGGACUUCGAGGAGGAGGACUUCGAGGAGGAGGACGACUUCGAGGACGAAGAGGAGGAGGCCUAG